AUGUUGUACCACCGAGAGGACGGGGAUAUGAUCGCCGCCGCCAUGCCUGUCUUCGACGAGUUCGGGCCCGUGUCGACGGGGACUUCCCCGCUGGCCACCUCCUUGGUGAACCUGUCCUCUGGUGACCGCUCCUCCAAGGCCACCGAUGAGGAGGAGGGGGAGGCGGAAUCCUCCGCGCCGAAGCAGGGCGAGCUCCUCCGCAACCUCUCUGACGACGAUGACGAGGGCGCGCAUCCGGUGGUGGAGCUGGCUCGUCCUACAGGGGUCACCACGAGAUCCGGGGUGGCCUCCUCAAAGAAACAAUCAUCGUCGAAGAAGAAGAAGGAGAACGCUGAGGUUGCCGUGGUCGAGCGUGUCAAGGUGGCUACCGCAGCUUUGGCAAAGAGGGGCGCUGCGGCUCCUGCAGCUCUAGCAGCGGCGUCUUCUUCUCAGGGCUCAGAGGCCCAGCCUCGGGAGGAGGCGGCGUCAGUGGCAAGGCUGACUUUGGCGGCGUCCGCCUCCAUCGCGACUGCUGAGGUUGCAAGGCCUCCGGAGCCCCGAGUCCUUCCUGCCGCUGCAGCUUCACCUCUCUUGGCACCGAGAACAUCUCCACCUCUGCCCAUCGUGCUGCUGGGCCAUGGCACUCCAGCCACCUCCGGAGCCCUGGAGGAGGCCCGAGCCGCGCUGGACCAUUUCCAGGGUGAUCUUCAAGCUCCGGACCGGCGCGCAGCGUUGGGGCGCCUGGGGCUGAUCUCCGGGUGGCUCCAGGCCGACGCAUCUAUCCGGGCGGCCUGGAGUUCUGCGGAGGAGGCCCAGAAGGUGGCCGGAGUAGCUGCUGCCGAGCGUGACUUGGCGCAGAAGGAAGCCAAGGACACCCAGGAGCGGUGCCGCACAGUUGAAGGCGAGCUGAAGGCUCUCCAAGAUCAGCAGGACGCCCAAGCGAGCCAACUCCAGGUGCAAGAGGAGAAGCUGAAGGCCCAGGAGGCCGCCGUCGUCAGCUGCAACACCGAGCUGAAGUAG